AACUAUAGCAAAGGAGAAAAAUAAAAAAGAAAGAGAACCAGAAGACCUUACUCUAGAAGAAGCCUUAAAAGCAAGAAUGGAAGUAGCCAUAAAAAACAUAAAAAAAGAACUCAAAAAACUUAAUAUUAAUAAGGUAGAAGAUUUAAGCAAAAAAAGUAAAAAAUCAAAAUCAAGAUUGAAAAAGAAUAAAAAGAAUUUUUAA